AUUGAUUACUGUCCCGUUUGAAGUUAUUUAAAGUCUGUGUUGAAAAAAAAAAAGGAUUUUCCAAUCAACCUCACUUGGUUAGGGAUGGGAUAUUUGUUAUGGUAUUCUCGGAACUUUUAAGAAGAAGAAUGGCAUCAGCUAAUACUUCGCCGAAAGGAGUAGGGAAUUUAACGCUGGACAAAGCGGCCUUUUUGCUGAUAAGGAUCAAACGAAUUUUUGUGAAAAAGAAAAACAAAGGGCGAAGUCAUCUCGAAAAACCAGUCAGCAAGAAAAAACCUCCGCUUCUUCGUGCAAGAACACUUCCAGCCAUUAUCUGUCCCAGCUUGAACAUCAUCCAGGCACAGCUUGAGGCAGAUUCGUCGGGAAGAAAUGUCGAUGCCGAUGGUCAGGGAUGCUCAGACUUCAAAACCCGCAGGCACUUUUCUGGUUCAGCCACCGUCAAAACGAAGGCAGCUCAAGAAAGAGAAAGAUUGUACUUGGAUCCUGAUUUCGAACCAGUUAAGUCACCCCUCGGCUCUCCGAGGGCGAGCGUCACUUCCGUUACGUCAUGUACUUCUACUAUAUCAACGCAAUCCGGCGGGAAAGAUUCUUCUAAACAAAGGUAUGAAAUUACGAAAGCCGGAUUAGCGAAAUUUGCAAAACGUUUAACAUCUAAAGACAAGUCAUCAAAUAAAGCUAUUCAUCAAUUUCCAUCGACUAUUCCAAACAUAGAAGUAACACCGCUUCGUCGUUCAGGUAGCGUGGACAGUCUUUUAGAAACUAACUUGUACUCCAUCGAUGCAUCAGACAUAUCGAAUUGCAGUUCGAUGGCGUGCUUGGCACCUUCCUGCUCCUCUAACAACCUUUCACCUUCGAACCUAUCUCCCACCAACAGCCUAACCGUCCCCACAGACGGCAGAACUAUCCCUACCUCCCCUAGUGUGCCUGCCAAGCUCGAGGCACACCGGCGCGGCGAUAUACCAUCGUCCCCCAGUGUGCCCAACAAGUUGACCAAGGGGCUGUCAGGGCAAUGUUUAGAAAAUCCAGAAGUUUUGCUGGAAGGUUUACCUUUGAGCAAAACUGAAAGAAAACGCUUAGAAAAACUGAACAAGAUUAACAUAGAUUUACAAGCACUUUUCGUUUCAGUGGAGCACGAACAUUUAGAGCGAGCUCGAAGCAUAUUGUCGACCACAGACGUCAACGUCAACUGCGUGAACAGUGAUGGCUUCACGCCCUUAGAUAUAGCUGUGAUGAUUCUAGACAUAUCAAUGGCCAAGCUACUCCAGUCUUAUGGAGCAAGAGAAUCUACUAGAUUUCGUACAAAAGAAAGCAAGUUCAGCCAAUUGAUUAGCUUGGUGAAAGAAGCAGAGCGAUGCGUCGACGACUUGACAACCUGCGUACUCAGUGCUGCUACGAGUGGUAGCUUGUCGAUGGCAUUACUCAAAGAAAAAGAAAAACAGUUAACUCUAUGGAGAAGAAGACAGCAGCUCUUAUGGCGAAUGAAGAGUGGCUUCGAGAAAAUAAAAACUCCAAACUCUCCAGCAUCAGUUGCACUCGAAGUAGUUGGAACGAAAGCUUUGAAAGUCAAAUUUACUGAAGACGGAUCCGCACGAGAACCAGAAACUAUAGUCACAAAGUACAAAGUUGAAUGGAGUGUGCGUCCAGAUUUUCAUCCUUUGUCUGGCUCCAGAGAAAUGAUGAACCUUCAGAAGCUCGAAAUGGUUCUGUCAGAUCUUAUACAUGGAGUACCUUACUACGUUCGAGUGGCUGCUGGUAAUUGUAAAGGUUACAGCCCGUACACCACAGCGACCCCUCCCAGUGCUGCUCCUUCCAGUUGGAUGGAUGUCAGCGGCAGAAAGUCUCGUUCUCUGGGUCGAUUGUGCCAACUGGAUUGCGUGUUUCAUCAAAUAAUCUUCUCAAGGCCUCCAUAUUCAUCAGAAAUCAAAGAUAUUUUGUUUGGAAAUACCCUGGAGACACCUCAGCAGCAAAGGAGACAAGUGAGAAAAAGUAUCAAAAGUCUGUUUACACCAACGCCAAAGUUUCAGAAAACUAUGAAACGGGGAGUGUAUCUAGCCUGCCUUAUGUACACUGAUCACAGAGUUCUUGUGACAACAGAAGACACGUUGCCUGUGAUGGAAGUUGAUGAAAGCUGUCCAAGUUGCUUGCAUAAUGAUUUCCACUGGCUAAUGAAGGUUGCCUGUACCUGGGAAGACACAAAGGUGCUCCGCUCGGAAAUGGAGAAGACUCAAAGCUCGUCCGCUCUGCAUUUCAGGAGUAAACUGCUACAAGCUGCGGAAAUGAUGCAGAGUGCUCUGGGAGUGCAAGACCUCGGCCAGUUUUACUACAAGCCCAUCAAGGACCUGGAUGAUACGACGGUCCUCUGCACUGUCAAGCAUGUUCCUGAUUCAAAGAGCUUCAACAAUCUGUCCUUACGUUGGGUUCCCUUGGCGAAACUGCAGCGAAAAUUAAGUAUUAACAAUGAAACGUGUCACGAUGCUUUCUCUAUAAACAGUUUACUUUUGUCAGCAACACAGGCUAUGAUGGCUUACAACCACAUGAGUCGGAUACCCUUGCCGAAAGGUUUAUAUGUAGCAUAUGUCAAAAUAAGCAGCUCUGUUGAUCUCAUUCGUGUGUUAGUCCCUAAGAAAGCUCCCAACGUUCUUCCAUACUAUAAAGUACGAGAGAAUCCGCAUGUGUCAGCGGAAGAAUGGGAGUGGCUAAAAUAUCUUUCUACGGAAACUAAAGGUCAACCUACUGCUGCUCAGUUGAAGUUUCAAAAAGCUCUGUCGUCAGCCAUAAGGAACCUGCUCACUCUACUAGAAGUACAGUCUGAGCAGUACGGAGAACACAGGAUCUAUGACCGGGAAGUGAUUGAAUUGAACACGGAAGUUUCUUUAAUUCUUCUUCUUCCACCUGUGGACUCCGUGUGCUCCGCACCAGGCCAGAAAGAUGACGUCACAGAAAGAACUGAUUGUGUACUGUUACCUUUGCAGAUAUUUGAAAUGAUUCACAUGAGCACCUACCAGCAUACUUUUAUAUCAAGAUACUCCAGAAUCUCAUCCAUCUUAGAAAUGGAUACGUUAGUUGCACAACAUAUUCAUAGACAGGCGUUUUCUACCACUGAACUUGCAUCAGCCAAAUCGAGAUUAAGGCAGCUUCAACAAUUUCAGACUCAAGUAGACAACACUUGGAGGUCAAUGCGCUGGCUUAUGGAUGUCUUGAACUUCGCUCGAGAAAAGAACUCUCCCGGUGGCCUUAUGCUCAAUAAUUUCCUCAUUGACAAAGCAGAUUCUCCAUCUACCAGUCCUCCACAAUCCCCGCAGCAUUCUCAAUCUCUGCACACUCUGCAAGUUCCCACUGAAGUUCCUGGAUUGAGAAGUUUCCCAGGACCCAUCCCCCCUUCCAUACGCAUUACAAAUUCAUCAUCAAGCUUUUCUUUGACAGAAUCAAAAAACAAUGCAGAUGAUUCAUUAAAGCCUAAUGCUGAAAUACGCCGUUGUGCUUCAACAUCUCGCUUGAUCUGUCCUUCUAGCUCCACCGACGAACCAGAUAAUGAUGACAGUUACGAACACAAAAAGCCACCUUCCUCACUGCAAUUGAUUGAUGACAAAUCUAAAGCUUAUAGCACAGAAGCUUUAAGUGUAACAUACAAAAUAGGAGCAUGCUCCAGUCCAGUUUGUGACUCGUCAGCUGCAGCCACACCAGUCAAUGAAGAUGAAGAAUCCUCCGAUAAGGGCCAAGGUGAUGAUGACACACUGUCACAUGAAGGAAUCGUCAUCAAUGUGUUGCCUGGCCGUGGAAGUUCUCACUCCUUGUCAUCUAAUGAAGGUACAAAUCCAGAAUCUGACGAAUUUGAUGAUGAUAUAAGCGAUUACAAAGAGCAACAAAUGGAUGUCCUACUUCAAUUACCUCAAGACGAAAGCAAGGAUCAUAACAGUGAUGAUGAAGACAGUCUAACAGACUGUGGUCUACAAUUUAAAGCCAUAUCAGGAAGUGGAGAAGGUUCCAGUAACCAAGAAGAUGAAGACUAUACAUUUGUUACAUCAGUACUAGAUUCAGGACAUCCUUGUCCAGAAACAAACUUCGAUGUUUCCGUUGAUGAACUAAGAAUUUCGGUAGCUUAUCAUGACAGCAUUCCUGCUGACACUAGUGUUCGACUGCAGGUAAGCCCAGAAGUAUCAGUGCGAGAGAUUGUGGAAGCAGUAAUCGGCCAAAUGAAUGACGCUACACUUGAAGAAAAAUAUGACAGUACUCUAUAUAUUGAUGAUCAAACAAAAGAUAAUCUGUGCAUGGUUGUGUCAUUUGGCACGUUAGAACGCUCUCUAAGUGAUUCCUUCCAACCACUCAAAGUACAGAAUCCGUGGACCAAAGGUCAUUUAUUUGUAAAACGAAAGUCUGAUGUAUGCACGUCCCAGCCAGAACAGUAACUGAAAAGAGCUUUUUUUCUUUUUCAAUAAUCAACAAAAUACUGAUAAUUCUUCAUUUCAGUGAGUUGAUUAUACCAGACAUCAUAAAAUAAUGUAUUUCUAUAGCUUAAGUAUGUAAGCUUUCAGAAGUUUAGAAUGUCUUAAGGCAAAAAUCAAUUAUUUUUCCAAUUGAUUUCUGUAGAAAACAAAUUCAUAUGAAUAUUCAACCUCAGAAACCUAAUUGCUAUGCAAUUAAGCGUAUAUUAAUAAAUGUACAGAGUUAGAAAAAAAUCGAAGAACAAUCAUCAAAAGAACUAAGUGCGGUGUUUGAAAAUGUAGAAUAUCACAGAAGAGAAGAUCAUAAUUCCAAAGGAUGAUGAGUAUGACAAAAGUAACAAUUUAUUUAUAAAAUGUGUGAUGUUAUGUAAAUAUGACCAAGGAAACACAGCAGGUAUGAACAGUAAAGAAAACGAAAAUUCAUUUUGAUAGGGGUUAUAAGAAUUAUUUAGUAUUAACAAGAAAUGUGCAAUCUCAGCGGUAAGCAACAGGAAUAUAUAUCUAAUAACGGUAAUAAACUGCGAAGCAAUUUCAAUUAAUUUUAUAUACUACUUAUCUCUUUCGUCUGCAUCAACGCCACUAAUUUAUUUGCCCGUUCUUUCAGUUGCUGAUAUGAUCAAUGUAUAGCAUUAUUCAAAAAAAAUGCAUCAUGAUUUCAAUGGCUAUAAUUACUUUGAAAACUAUAAUAAGUAAAAACUGUUUUAGCCCAACACAGUUGAAGGUUUAAAAUUUAGUUUGCUUGGAUUCUAUUCAUCCUAUGUGUCUUAUUUUAACCACACAGGCAAUAUCUAUGUCAGUUGGUGCACUGUUGUUCACAGAGGAGGCAUUAAGACAGAAUCUACUGCAUUUCCCAAUAAAAUAAUGUAAAGCACUCAAUUUCUAAAGAUAAUUACACUUGGAACACAUAUUAAUGGCUUCAAAUAAGCUUGGAAAUAUCAUAAGAGAAUAGAUUUCCAUUUGAUAUUACCUGUGUGACCAAGAGAAAUCACAUAGGGUGCUUGUUGGUAUACAAACAAAACUUUAAGCCUCUUUCUAUAUCAUAUUCAUUUUUUUUUCUUUUUAUUAUAACUUACGAGGAAGUUAUACCUAUAUGAAACAUGCACAAAAAUACUGAUACCCUUGUACUAGAUUUGAUGGCCUUUCAUUGUGAUAAGUCUUUUAAAAAUCACAGACUACAUUUCUUUAAUUUUAUUUUAAAUAUCUGUGGCAUUUUUAUAACUUUCAUAUUUAUGUUUUUUCACGAUUAUAUUUCAAGGUAAUACGUCAGGUAUUGUCCACCAAAAUUACUACUUUUGUUAUAUUCUCUCAUCCUUUAAUAAUGUGAUUAUUUCUUCCGGUUAUAACCGUUAUAAAACGUAGGCUAGAAUCAUUAAAACAAAUGAUGUUAAAAUUAAUACCGGCGGUUGAUGGUAGAUUGGUCACAAAAUAUUUUAUGAACCAUAAAAUUAUUAGUUAAAAAAGCAUUGGGAGAAAAUGAGCCUAAAGUAGAAUUUCUUUUCAUAUCCAAAAAGUUUUAAAAAUUUAAUACUAGCCUUUAAUUUUAGCCUUAUUAUUUGGUUAAUACAUAAAUAUGAUUAAUUCGUUAAAAAUAUCACUUUUUCAAACUUUUUAAAUUCAACUUCUGAAGGUUUAAAUACAAGGUGCUUUACAAUAAAAAAUUCACAAAUGUAGAAAUUUGUUUUACCCUUUUUGCUGUUAAUAAUUUUAAUUAAUAUAUAGCGUGAAAUAUUGUUUCUUUAAUAAUAUAGGUUUAUAGAAUAGCUUAAAUCUUGUAAAUAUUUCCAUCUACAAUUCAUUAAAUUUACACACGAUAGUGUAUUUUGAGUUGUAAUUAAAAUCCUGUUCAAUGAAGUGUAAUGCUUUGUUGAGUGUUGGUUGAAAACUAUCAACCAUAAAAGGCAAAAAUGAAUAUUUUAGCCUGCUUAACAGUAUUCUGAAUAUACAUGCAUUAAAAAAAUGAAAAGACUUUUGGUUUUCUAUCAAACUAAACAGAAAAUAUAUUUGUAUGCUUUAUAAAUAGAUUACAAUGUAAAGAAUAAUCAAUUGAUUAAAUGUAAAACAUAAAUUUCACUUUUUAAUAAAUUUCCAAACUCAUAACACAGCAAUGGUUAAUGAUCCUUGGGAAAUACUACAUAUUUCCGUCAUUUUUAUGGCGCCGUUCUUGAUUUUUGGCUUUAAAAAGGUACAAAAAACUCAAAAAUAUUAUAUUCACGAACCUCUCAAUUAUUAGACCCCGGGGAAUCUAUAUUUCAUUCGCUCACCCAUUGCUACAGCUUACGACACUGAGAGGAAAAAUUAUUUUUCGUCUCAGACAUAAAUACACACAAACUAUAAAAUGAAAUAUAUUUAGUGAGAUUUAUAAUCUCACAAUUCAGUUUCCCUCUAUUAACAUAAAAUGCCUAAGAACAUUGUUACGAUAUUUUCAUGAUGUUAUUCAGCAUUCAAAAUAUAAUUUAACAUCAUGGAGAUAUCGUACUGUACUUUGUGUUGAAAGAGUCUUGGGGUUUUCUAAAUAUGUUAAGCAGCAAAAUAAGUGAUAACAUGAACUAAAAAAGAUUUUGAUUUAUCUAUUAUUUGACGCUUAACUCUUGUUGCUUUAAAAUUGUAGUUUGAAUUAUAUGAUUUAAAAGAAAAUAGAAUGCAUAUGAAUAAUUUUGUAUUGUACAUCAAUAAACAUACAAUUUGUACAUCAGUAUGUAAAUAUAUAGUUUACAUGCCAUAUAUGUUGAUAAAAAAAAUUUGAUUUAAUGUAGUUCUUGAGAAAUAUGCUGUGGUAUAUUAGUUUCUUGAUUUAUUGUAAUCAUCUUAAUUUGUCCCCCUGUAGUAGUCUGAGGUGCCAUCUAUGAGCAAAAAAUUGAAACAUAUUUCCGAAAUAAGUUUCAUUGAAUUAAUCACAGCAUGUUUCUUAGUUACAACUUUUUCGGAAAUAGUUGUAAAAAGCAGAAAUUUCAUGGAACAGUUUUUACUUUGAUAUAAUUUUUAUUCAAAUAUAAUAUUGCAUCUUUCUUUCGAUUUUUUUUUUCAUAGUUUCAUAUAAAUGUGCAUCAUCUUUAAGAUAUUUGUUGUAACUCCCCUGCUCUAUCUCUGGAACUGUCUCGAAUAAUUUGUACGUUUAAUUGCUUGCCAUGUAUUUAUUUGAAAUCACAUCAUGUCCUGCAAAACAGAGCUUGACCGUCCCCUUCAUCCAUUCUACCAGAUAACAAAUUCUUCGAUAAUAUAAUAUUCACAACGGUUAAAUAAAGCCUAUUUAAAGUUUCUAUGAAAAAGAUAUGUUCUUUUUAACAAAAGUAUUUAUUGUCUGGUGGAGAAAAAAAAAAGAAACAUAUCUGUGAUUAGAUAAUUAUCAAAGUCCGUGGGUGCUGUAUAUCCACAUAAUUAUGCUAAGAAGACAUGGAAAUUUGUAAAAGUUGCUUACAUUAUAGAUAAUUUGUAAUUAUUAGAUAGUAUACAGCUAUAAAGUGAUAUGAUGUAGAACGAUAGCAACUAAAAAUGUGUUAAGAAGAAAGGUUAAGUAUUAAAUUCUUAAGGUCGAAUUUAGAUGUAGUUUGUUGUAUCGAGUGUGGUGCCAUCUAGAGCUGAAUCAGUGUACUAAAUUAGAAAAAAAAUAUAUAUGAGAACAUUUUUUUCAUAAAACAUUUUCGAAAAACCUAAAGAUACUAAAUUUUAUUCUAUUGAAAGAGAAAUAUUAAUCGAAUAGUAUACAAAAAUAUAUUAAUAUAAUCUAUAUGAAAUAUGGACUGUGGAUAA